UCUAGACCACAAGGGAAGCUCACACUCAACUCUCCUUCCUCUUCACACUCUCUCCUCUGUAAUUUGCAUGCUGAAUUGCUACCGACCAACAAAAUCUUUAAUUCUUCGCAACCAUGUUCGGAAAGAUUAAGGUUAAGGUGAUGGAUUCGGCCAAGUAUGCGAAGAAGCUCGGAGAAGAAGAUCCCAGAAGAAUCUUUCACGCCGUUAAGGUUGGAAUUGCAAUCACGUUAAUGUCUAUGUUCUACUACUUCAAGCCUCUCUACCACAGCUUCGAAGAAGCAGGAAUGUGGGCGAUUUUAACAGUGGUCGUCGUCUUUGAGUUCACAGUUGGAGGAACAAUUGCAAAAGGUCUGAACAGAGGGGCAGCGACAUUAUUGGCAGCUGGAUUAGGGGUUGGAGCAGAAUAUUUGGGCAAUGCAUGUGGAGACAAAGGAGAGCCUAUUAUUCUUGGCACUUUGGUUUUCAUUCUAGCGAGUGUGGCAACAUUUACAAGAUUCGUGCCGAGAGUAAAGAGAAGAUACGACUAUGGUGUGACGAUAUUCAUACUCACAUUCGCUCUAGUAGCUGUGUCGGGAGCUCGAGCUUCUGAAAUUUUGAAGAUGGCUUAUGAGCGCCUCACCACCAUUCUCAUCGGCGGCGCCACCUGCAUGCUUAUAUCAGUAUGCAUCUACCCGGUUUGGGCCGGCCAAGAUUUGCAUAAUCUCAUCGCUACUAAUAUACAAAACCUAGCUACAUUCUUGGAAGGUUUUGGUGGUCAAUUUUGUAUUUCUCCAGCCGAUGCUGAGGAUAAGUCAUAUCUCCAAAGCCAUAAAACUGUGCUCAACUCAAAAGCAAACGAGGAAAUAUUGGCGAAUUUUGCGUGGUGGGAACUUGGACACGGUGGUUUUAAGUUUAAUCAUCCGUGGAAACUCUACUUGAACAUUGGUUCUCUAGUAAGGGAAUGUGCAUGUCAAAUCGAAACACUUAGUGGCUGCCUAAAUUCAAAGUCGCAGGCAAUAUGUGAAUUCCAACGGAAGAUCCAACCAGCAUGUGUGGAAAUGAGCAUAGAAGCAAGCAAGGCUCUGAGAGAAUUAGGUGCAGCUCUAAAAGAAAUGAGAUUUCCAUCAUCAGCGGUUGAAAUCCAUUUACGAAACUCCAAAGCUGCAGCUGAGAAACUGCAAAACAUAAUGCAUAACUCCUCAGUGCCAACUAAAGCAGAUUUUCAACAUAUUGUGCCAACACUUGUGAUAGCAUCGGUGCUCAUCGACAUCAUUAAAUUCAUCGACAAAACUUCAAGCGCUGUUGAUGAACUCUCUCAGAAGGCAGGUUUUAAAUUGAAACCAGUGGAUCAUAAUCAAGUUGUAGUAGAUAUUGUCGAGAUUAAGACAGAAUCAUCGUAGAUCAAUAAUCCAAUUCAGUCAACGCAGAGUUAGAAAUAGUGUCCUAGAGUCACCUAAUAUGCACUUUUUUUUGGCAAUUAUGUGAGAGAUUUUAUUGUAUUUUUUUGGACUGAUAUAUAAAAAAAAUGUAUAUCCCUAUUAAGUUGCAAAUAAUGAAAUCACCUUCGAAUUUAGUUACUUAGAGGCAGAGCAUUGACAUCGGAGGCUCAUCGCCCGACUCGAGUCGAUUUUGGCGAUGAGCCAACCGAUGCGAGGCCCCCCGACUUGAGUUGCAACUCAUAUGGGAUGAGCGGAGAUCAUCCGCUUAAUUGUACAAUCGCGUGCAAUGCACGCACCAUUUACAGAAAGAAAAAGAAAAACAUAUUC